AUGCCUGGGCUGAGGGUCUGCGGUUCGGAGGGAGCCUGGAAGGACAGGGCAGCGCUGGGUGAGCCUGGGAAGGGCGCGCUGCAGCGUGGAGAGCGCAGAGUGUGCCCCUGUGCCGAGGAAUGUGGAGCAGAUGACUCACUUGCUAAUCUCGGCUGGGAGAAGUGCUUCCUCCAAGAGAUUAGCCAGGAAGGAGGAGGCCCGACCCUGGCUACCAGGCUGGAGGAGGAGAAACAGCGGCAGGGCUCAACCACCCACAAUCAGGAUGCCCAGAGAGAGGAGUCACCACUGCCUUGCGCCCUCUCUAGAGAGAAGCCACAGCCAGGGCCAUCUGGGGAGCUGGCUGAGGCUUACGCCUGUAGAGGGCGCCAGGCCCCCAGCUCCAGGCCUCUCCCCAAGGACAGAGAACCAGCCCCAUCCAAACCCCCGCCUCAGGGGGAGUCCAAGCCAGGAAAGAGGCCCAGUUCACCAGCCCCUGGUAAGCAGAAGAGGCCCAGCACCCUGGCUCUGACGUCCGCAUCAUCUCCCAAUCUCAAUCACUCAACCCGGGCCAAGCACAACCCAGUGCCUUGUGGGUCAGGCCGGGGCCCCUGCCACCUGGCCAAUCUACUCAGCACACUGGCCCAGAGCAGCCAAAGCACAGAGCAGAGCAAGGGGCCCCCGGAAGCGACCUGCCAAGUUCGAAAAAAGACUCGAACCCUGUACCGCUCAGACCAGCUGGAGGAGCUAGAGCGGGUUUUUCAGGAGGACCACUAUCCUGACAGUGACAAGCGCCGGGAGAUUGCCCAGAUGGUGGGGGUCAACCCCCAGCGCAUCAUGGUGUGGUUCCAGAAUCGCCGGGCAAAGUGGCGAAAACUAGAGAAACUGAAUGGGAAGGAAAAGCAGGACGAUGCCGCGGCCCCUGCUAGCAGUCAGGGCAGCUCCACAGUGGAGCCCCCACCUGCUGUGCCCAUGGACCCAGAGCCUGGCACCUUCCCUCUGGACCCCCCUCUGGAUACCUUUCCAGAGCCCCCCAUGCUGCUGACCUCAGACCAGACUUUGGCUCCCACCCAACAGACUGAGGGCGCUAAAAGGGUGGCGGUGACCCCGCUGCUCUUCAGCCCCCCACCUCUGCAAAGGACCAACCUUCCUUUUCCCCUGGGCCCUGUCCACACCCCGCAACUGAUGCCUCUGCUGAUGGAUACUCCUGUCAGUCACCGAAGCCACAAGGACGGCCCCUGUGGGCCCUGGGGGACAAGCAUCACCCCACCAGCCACCUUCUCGUAUUUGGACGACCUGGAGUCCCAGGAUUACCAGCCAGGCUACCAGUUCUCCCAGGCUCCAGCAACCCAGCUGUGCCAAGGUCCCCAGCCCCAGCUGCCGUACCUGCCGCCCCUGCCCUUCCCCAUGCCAGGUUCGCUGUCGUUUCCACCACCAGAAGACACGCUCUUUUCGUUUCCCUGUGGCUCUGCUGGGGGCACAUCUCAGAGCUACUGCCCAGGCCCCCCGUCAGGGCAGAUCCUGCUGCAGUCACCUGCUGGGAGUAUGGGCACAGUCCCCUGGAGUGACCCAUAUUUGCCCGAACUGCCCUUCCCGGGUCCGUUCUGCACACAGGCUCCAGGGCACACCCCGGCAGGAGACAGCUACUUCUCCGAUCUAUUUGCACCUCCCUGUACCCCGGCUACGAGCAGGCAACCUUCACCAGGAUUUGCCCAGCUGCCGGAAGGGGCCAGACCAGGACCUGGACCCCUACCCAGCAAGGUGCAAGAGGAGCAGACUGCCUCUUCCCUGGAGCAGCCCCAGGUACCGGCAGAGGCCAGAGAGGAAGGUGAGAAUAGCCAAGUCCCCUCUCUGGGGGCCCAAGAGUGAUGAGGUCAGUGGUGGUGCAGGGGUGCGGCGCCCAUGCAGAGGAGUGCAACUGGAAGGCUGGGAAGACAGUGGACUGCUGACUGAGGUCAACACCUGCCUGCUUGUGGGCUUGUCUUGCUGAACAUCGGCUGGAAGAGGAAGAGCAUUGGCCCCACCCUUCGUCCCAUGCAUGUAUAGCCUGGUCCUGAAGAAAGGAAAGCCCUUGUUACUAUGGAAUGGAGUUAGUGGUUUUUGUUGUUGCCUUUUCUUGGUAGAUAUUGAGAUAGUGUGUCCACUGUA